GACUGUCUCGCUUUGAUUUCGGAAUACUUACACAUUGAGAAGUUAGCUUACUGCCAAUAUAGAAGUACUACAUAUAUGGUUAAAACUAUUGAUUUAGCUAAUUAACCACUGCAAAUUUUUUCUCCACCGUUGAAAUGCACAAUUAACAGCACAUUAACAGCCCUAUUCCGCCACACUGACAAAACUCACCGCGAUGACAAUUGAUAUAAAAAUGACAAUUGCAGCUUUUUGGUAUUCUCAGCAAAAUUCAAAAGCUCGAAUCAUGCCAAUUGUCAUUUUUAUUGUCAUGACCUUUUGGGCAGGUGACAAGGCAAAAACAUAUGUUUGUGUUGAUAUAAAAAGUGCGACGAUUUAAUAAAUUUGUGAAAAAAAUAUAAAAAAUACUCAUUUCAAUGGCAGAACAAAUUCUAGUUAUUUGCGCAGCCGUGCUUGUAGAAGACGAGCAAAACCUGGAAAGGAAGCGACUUUUGAGGGAGCUCAGGGACGACAGCGACCCGUUUUCGAUGCAGGAGAUAGUUUUUAUCCAGAAUUUUCGCUUUCCUAAAUCACUUUGUCGCGAACUAAUGCAACAAUUGGAACCACGCGACCCUCAGAAAUCCGCCAUCCCUUUUAUAAUAAGAUUUUUGGGGAGCCUGUAUUUCUACGCACAUGGUUCAUACCAGAAGUGUGUAGGAAACAACUUCCAAAUUGCGAUGAGCCAGCCGUCGGUGUCGCGCGCCAUUCAUAACAUCUCAAAGAUAAUAAUGGAUGUUAAGGGCGGCGAAAUAAAGUUCCCCAAAACUUCAAAUGAGGUCUUGGAUGUUAAAAAGGGCUUUUAUACGGCAUUUAAGAUCAAGGGAACGAUAGGUGCUGUUGACUGCACGCACAUAGGCAUAGUCGCUCCAUCAUCAACAGACCCAAGUAACCCUCUAUGCAUGUAUAUGAACCGGAAAGGUUUCUACAGCAUUCACGUAGAGGCUGUAUGUGAUCAUCGGCUAUAAAUGCAAGAUUUUCUGGAUCCUGCCACGACUCUGGUAUUUGGACUACAUCCCCAACACGCCUUCAUCUUCUAAGAGCACAUAGAAGCCAGUGCGAUAACUGGUUGUUAGGGGAUCAGGGUUACCCACUGGAACCAUGGCUUCUAACUCCAGUGGCAGAGCCACCGAAUGCUAAAGAAGUGAAAUUCAACACCCUACACGCAAAGGCUCGAAAUUGCGUAGAAAGAGCUUUCGGUGUUCUGAAAUCAAGAUUUCGGUGCUUAGCAAAGCACCGCAUUCUGCAUUAUUCCCAUGAGAGAGCCGGGAAUAUUAUAUACGCUUGUGCAAUCCUCCACAACAUUCUUUUGAAACACGGCGUUGCUGCAGACUUGGGUUUCGAAGCUCUAGACGAAUUUGAGGAGGAUGUUGCUACUAACGAAGCUGCAGAAAAUGCUAAUUUGAGAGAGGGUGCGAGAAUUAGAGAAAGAUAUAUAUCUUCAUUAUAAGUUUAAUAAUUCAGCAACGAUGUAACCGCGCGUUUGCAGCCUUAACGAUUUUUGGUUUUAAUUAAUAUUACUUACU